AUUAAGGCAUGAACCUGGUCUCUCCACGAGAACACACCCAUAGAAGGCAGUGGAAAAGAAAGAAGCCUGGAAAGACCAUUAGAUAGAGCAGCAGUGCACUUCCUUUAUUACCAACAAGCCCUUUCGGAAUUUAACAGCAAUAGUCAUACUAAAACUCAGCGUGUGGGCAUCUUGAACGGCGGUGGACAUUGUACUUUUCGGCUGUGUGAGGGACUGGAUCUUUGUUGUCACUGCAGAAGAUCGUCUACCUGCCUCUAUAUUUGCUGUCAGAUAUUAAAGUGAAGCAAAGAUGAAGAGCUGUAUUGGCACACUUGUGGUGCUGGUACUGUUUCGGUUGGGAGAGAUCGCAGAAGCGUGCAGUUGUUCCCCCGUUCAUCCUCAACAGGCGUUCUGCAAUGCUGAUGUUGUAAUCAGGGCCAAGGUGGUUGGGAAAAAAGAGGUGGAUUCUGGGAAUGAUAUUUAUGGGAACCCUAUCAAGCGGAUCCAAUAUGAGAUCAAGCAGAUCAAGAUGUUCAAAGGCCCAGACCAGCACAUUGACGUGAUCUUCACCGCACCCUCGUCUGCAGUGUGCGGGGUGACGAAUUUGGACACUAACGGCAAAAAGGAGUACCUCAUCUCAGGCAAGGCGGAGGCCAACGGCAAGAUGCACGUGACUCUGUGUGAUCUCAUCAUGCCCUGGGAAUCCAUGAGUGCCACCCAGAAGAAGAGCCUCAGUCAGCGCUACCAGAUGGGGUGUGACUGCAAGAUCACGCGUUGUGCGACCUUCCCAUGCGAGAUCAACGCCCCAGAAGAGUGUCUGUGGACAGAUUGGGUGACGGAGAAGAUCAUUCAGGGCCGCCAGUCCGACCACUACGCCUGCAUCAAGAGAGGAGACGGCUCCUGCGCCUGGUACCGUGGAGUCGCGCCACCCAAGAAAGAGUUUCUGGACGUAGAAGACCCUUAAAGUAUCUCUCUCGCCCUCUCCACAUCACCCAAUCUGAGAUUCUUACAAAUAUCAUAGAUAAGGUGUAAGUUAAUAUCGACAUAAAGACAAAACUUUACCAAAUUGAAAUUUAAACAUCGUAAGGCUAGAUUAGUGUACAGUCUUCAUUAGAUAUCGCAACAUGAGAUAGAAUGGAGCGAAAGUAAUGACCCCCACCUGAGGCAUCGUGUGAGGGACAAUCUUUAAAACGAGAGCACUUUCUGCCCCCCCAAAAACAGCGCUUAGGUUUCUCUCUGCAAAAAAGGACUGAACAAUAUCCCAAAACUGCAGUCUCUCAGCUCAUUUCACAUAUUCAAUUUCUGGCAUUCUGGUCCAAAUCCACCCGGGGUGGUAGUGAGAGUAUUACUUUUGAAGGCAGUGUUAAUUUCCCAAAGCCAUGCCAAUUGGUCCACUCAGAUAAAUGGUGAGGCUGGACUUCCCAGAUAGUUCAAAGAUGUGCAGGGACCUGGAAAGAACUUAAGACAGCUGGGGUUUGGGAAAAAAACUAAAAAAUUAAAGACCAAAGUCGAUGUCGAUAGACAUGAAUUUGUGAUGGAAACAAAAUUUUGCUGCUGACCAAAUGAUAGAAUGUUGAACUGUUGUAUAUGAAGCUGUUCUUCACUUCACCUCCACUGCUUUUCAUCAUCCUUUCAUGGUGCAUCCUUCAUAUAUAUAUAUAUGAAAAAUGAAGGAACAACAAUGUUAACAUCUAUUAUUCCGGCAAUAUACAAUAAAUUCCUUUAAUUCGAUUUUUUUAUUCACAUUUAUGAAUCAAUCAUCCCUAAUGUUUUGUUAGUAUGUUUGUUUACCUUUUUGAACCUUUAACACCUACAAUGAGUCGUUUUAUGCAUUUAUUCCUCCGUUAAUAGUUCAGUGAUGAUACUAUUUAAACUUGUUGCACUUUUUAAAGACAAAACCAAGAGGACUGUCUCCUCUUUUUUUGUAACUCUCAUUUUCAAUGCUUUCGUUCUUGUUUUGCAAAAGCUUUAAGCAUCAUUUAUCUAAGAUCCUAGUGAGCUCCCUUGCCUUCUGUAUUGUUGUUCUUUUACGUGUCAUUAGAUUAUAUACCCGAAGAGGUAUGUAAGACUUUAGUUGCCAUGGCAAUGGAAAGACCCUUCGUUUUGCCCUAGAGUAAAACAAGGCUGAUUGGAUUGGCAUGCAAAGACACAGGCCUAUAGCAUGCGUUGAGAAAGAGGAAGCAAAGAGCGAGGUUCCUUCCUUCUGUGAUGUUAAUAAACUCAGGAGUUUAUUGGCAGCUUGAGAAGAAGGCACAGAGUUGGGUUGUUGCAACUGUCCCCUGAUUGGGCGUUGCCAAGUCACGUGAUUGACUGAGGGUGAGGCGUUUGAAUACUAGUUGCUAGGCGCUUCGUCAGGGUGAACCAUGUGUCCCGAUGUGGUCAUAGUGUUAGAGAGAAAAAGAGAGAGAGGGAGUAGACAGACCGCUGAUGAACUGACGAAAGCAACAAUAAAAGUGUUGAUCCAUUUGGACGAUAUAAUGCAUCACAACCAUUGUAUAAAAUCAACACAGAGAUCAUUCGUAUUGACAAAGGGAGCAUUCUUAUGAGUAUUCGUUCAAUUCAUGCCUUUCUAUUUUGUAUCAGUGGUCCAGCAUAAAUGUAUGAAGCUUUUUUUUUCUUCUUUUUGCUUAAGAUGUAAUUUAAAUUAAGAUUUGUUUCAAUAUCCUCGUUUCUUUCUUCAUACCAGAAGCAUUGUCAUAACUCUUACGAAUAGGCUCUAUAAAUCUACAAGGUUAAUGUUUAAUAUGCAUUAAGCUAUAACUACUUAAACUGCUUUGUAUUAAUUGUUAUUGAACUUUAAUGGCGUAAGUUAAAUGAUUUUGUUUCUACUUUUUUAAAAAUGUGUUAUUACCUUUGAUUUAUAUGAUCAUUGAGUCAUUUUUACCAGUCUUUGUCUUUCUCUUUUAUGAUUUGCUGAAAAGAGCAGGAAUGUGAGGCCUGAACCACAUGAUAAGAGUUGUGGUAGAAGAACCCGACUAUGCAUGUCUUUGAUGCUUUUUGUAAUUCCAUGUGAAUGUUCACUUGACGGAUAAAUAUACAGUAUUACCAAAUAAAACAUUAAACUACA